CCGCGAGUUUUACCGGCGAUACCAGGGAAUCGCGAUCCUUUUUCCUCGGAAAAUUAGGAAAAACUCACCAUGAAGUUCGCCUCGAUAAACGCAAAGUGUCCCACCUACGGUGAGCAGCAGGUAAUCUAUGUUGGUGCACACACGGGAUCGUUCAAAAGAAUUCAUGUAUUCGAUGAUAAUCCGUACGAGCAGAAGAAUCUGCAGCCCAUCGAAACGCUCACGAAAACGUCGAAAGUAACCUGCAUGGAAUUUGGGAAUGCGGAACAGACGGAAAUACUGGUUGGCCGCACGAAUCGCUUCGUCAAGGUGUUCAACACGAUCGAAGAGGAGAGCACAUCGAACUUCGAAGCCGGCAAGGAUGAGGUGGUCGGUUUGGGACGCAGCGACGAGUGCAUUGUUGUUGGAUCGGCAAACGGAAUCGUACAGAUUGUGAAAUACCCUACGCCCGUGGAGUUUAGCGUUGGCGAGAACUUGGCACGGAUGCGCUUAUGCCCCGAGGACACCAAGCGGAUGGUGACCGGUGGUAAGCUGCUGAAGCAAAUCAUCAAGCUGUGGGACUUGGAAACACAGACCGUACUGUUUAGCGCGAAGAACGUCCGGAAGGAUAUGCUGGAACUCGAGCAGCCCGUCUGGGAGAACGAUGUGGUGUUUGUGGACCGGAAUUUGAUUGCCUCCUGUUCGCGCCACGGUUAUGUGCGCCUGUAUGACACCAGAGGACCCCAGAAACGACCGAUACAAGGAUACACCUCUAACGAUCCCGAUGAUCAGCUGUCCUUCUCCUGUUUGACAUCGCACGGAGACUAUCUGUACGCGGGGACGACCACCUUCGGUGCGCGAGCUUUCGAUAUACGCAAAAUGAAGAAUCACAUCCACGUGUACAAAGGUUUCACGGGUACGGUAUCAUCGAUCAGAGUGGAUCCUACCGGCAAUCACCUGGUGACCGGUUGUCUCGAUCGCUACGUGCGUGUUCACCAUGCUCACCGGACGGCCCUGGAAUACCGGUGCUACGUGAAAUCCAAACCAACGCAGGUUCUGAUCGCCGACUACAAGGAACGCAAGGUUUCGGCAAAAAAUGCCUCCGACGAUGAGGUUGAAAUCGUCGAAGAAGCGGAUGGUUCCGAUGCCGAAUAUGACGAGCUGUUUUCCAAAAUGCAAACCGUCAACGAACGCACUGCUGGUACGAACAAACGGAAAGCUGAUGGAGAAAAUGGAUCAACGAAAGUGGUGGCCAAUGGGGGACAAGCGUCGUUGGGUCAGAAAAAGAAAAAAAUAGCGAAAAAUAAGUAAUAAAUGUGGAUCCUCCCGAACAUCCAGGAUCCAGGAACAGA